AUGUACGGCACUGGCACCGGCCCGCAUACGGGCGUUUCGACCCCACGAACAUCUUCUUCACUCCGCCCUCUCACAAUCUCCCAUGGCUCGCUCGAGACAUCGUUCCUGAUCCCGACCAGCCUACAUUUCCAUGCUUCCCGACUCAAGGAGGCAUUCGCUGUCACUUUACCAGCGCCCACCGACGAGCUUGCCCAGGAUGACGAGCCGUCCUCCAUCCCAGAGCUUGUUGCUCGGUACAUGGGCUUUAUCGCACACGAGGUCGAACAGGGCGAGGACGAUGCCCAAGGAUCGUACGAGGAAGUUCUUAAGCUCAUCCUGAACGAUUUCGAGCGCGUGUUCCUGCGGGGAAACGAGGUGCACGUCAUUGCUGCGGGCCUUCCUGGCAUUGACGCCAAGAAACUGGUGCUUCUCCGUAGCUACUACGCUGCCCGCCUCGUCUCCAACCGCACGAUCCGGCCUCAUGUAUCUGCACUGUUCCGCGCCGCAGAUGAUGGCUCCGCGAACCUGUACAGCAUUUUCGGCGGCCAGGGCAACAUUGAGGAGUACUUUGAGGAGCUGCGCGAGCUGUUUGAGACAUAUCCUGCAUUUGUCGGCGACUUGAUCUCCAAUUCGGCCGAGCUGCUUCAGAACCUGUCGAAGCACCCGAACGCUGAGAAGCUCUACUCCAAGGGCUUGGAUGUCAUGACAUGGCUCCGCCACCCGGAGACGACCCCGGAUGUUGACUAUCUUGUGUCUGCUCCUGUUAGCUUCCCUCUGAUCGGCCUCGUCCAGUUGGCCCACUACGAGGUGACUUGCAAAGUGCUCGGUACACACCCUGGUCUAUUGCGCGAGCGGAUACAGGGCACUACCGGCCACUCGCAGGGCAUCGUUCUUGCUGCUAUCACCGCUGCAGCCGAUUCUUGGGAGUCGUAUGCCGAGCUCGCCAAGUCGGCUCUCUCUAUUCUCUUCUGGAUCGGCGCCCGCAGCCAGCAGACGUUCCCUCGGACAUCUAUCACGCCCUCUAUGCUCCAGGACUCCAUUGACAAUGGCGAGGGCAUUCCCACUCCCAUGCUGAGCAUCCGGGAUCUCUCGCAGGGCGAGGUUCAGAAGCACAUUGACGCCACGAACCAGUACCUGCCGGCCGACCGUCACAUUGCCGUCUCGCUUGUGAACAGCCCGCGGAACCUUGUUGUGACCGGUCCCCCUAUUUCUCUCUACGGUCUCAACCUGCAGCUCCGUAAAGUCAAGGCACCGACUGGACUGGAGCAGACCCGCAUCCCGUACACGGAGCGCAAAGUGCGCUUUGUGAACCGCUUCUUGCCAAUCACGGCCCCUUUCCACAGCCAGUACCUGGAGAAGGCCACGACCUUGAUCAACGAGGAUCUUGCUGGCAUUCAGAUUGAUUCUAAGACUCUUGGAACGGCCGUUUUCGACACGAACACGGGCAAGGACAUGCGGCGGUCUGUUCGCGGGAACAUCGUGCCGACGUUGGUGCGUCUGAUCACCCGCGAUCCUGUCUACUGGGAGCUGGCUACCGCAUUUCCCGAGGCUACCCACGUUCUAGACUUCGGCCCUGGCGGCAUUUCUGGCUUGGGUAUACUCACUAGCCGCAACAAAGAGGGUACUGGCGUUCGCGUAAUCUUGGCUGGUUCUGUGACCGGAACUGUGUCUGAGGUUGGCUACAAGCCCGAGCUAUUCGACCGUGAUGAGGAAAAUGCGGUGAAAUACGCCAUUGACUGGGUGCGGGAAUAUGGCCCGAAGCUGGUCAAGACAAAGAGCGGCAAGACCUAUGUCGACACGAAGAUGAGCCGACUUCUCGGCCUCCCGCCCGUCAUGGUUGCCGGCAUGACCCCCACGACAGUCGCGUGGGAUUUUGUGGCGGCAGCGAUGAACGCUGGCUACCACAUCGAGCUGGGCGGCGGCGGAUACUACAGCGCCAAGACCAUGACCGAGAAUCUCCUGAAAAUCGAAGGUGCUAUCAAAGCGGGACGCGGUAUUUCCAUCAACCUGAUCUACGUCAAUCCACAUGCCAUGGCAUGGCAAAUUCCUCUUAUUGGCCGUCUUCGUGCUGAGGGUGUACCUAUUGAGGGUCUCACCAUUGGUGCUGGUGUUCCUUCUAUCGAGGUUGCGCAGGAGUACAUCGAGACCCUCGGCCUGAAGCACAUUGCCUUCAAGCCUGGUUCCAUGGACGCGAUCCAGUCUGUCAUCAACAUUGCCAAGGCGAACCCGAAGUUCCCUGUCAUCCUGCAGUGGACUGGUGGUCGUGGCGGUGGCCACCACUCGUUUGAGGACUUCCACCAGCCGAUCCUCCAGAUGUACAGCCGCAUUCGUCGGUCGGACAACAUCAUCCUCGUUGCCGGCAGCGGCUUCGGCGGUACUGAGGACACGUACCCUUACAUCACCGGUGCAUGGUCAAAGAAGUACGGCUACCCGCCUAUGCCUUUUGACGGCUGCUUGUUUGGCAGCCGCAUGAUGGUGUCGAAGGAAGCUCACACUAGCAAGAACGCGAAGAAGGCCAUUGUUGAUGCUGAGGGUCUCGACGACAGCGAGUGGGAGAAGACGUACAAGGGCGCAGCUGGUGGUGUCAUCACUGUUCGUUCCGAGAUGGGCGAGCCCAUCCACAAGCUGGCGACGCGUGGUGUCCGCUUCUGGGCAGAGAUGGACCAGAAGAUCUUCACCCUGCCGAAAGAGAAGCGCAUCGUGGAGCUGAAGAAAAACCGCGAUUAUAUCAUCAAGAAGCUAAACGACGACUUCCAGAAGGUGUGGUUCGGCCGCAACAAGGCGGGCGAGACGGUCGACCUCGAGGACAUGACUUACGGCGAGGUAGUGCGGCGCAUGGUCGAGCUGCUCUACGUCAAGCACGAGAAGCGCUGGAUCGACCCGUCGUUCGAGACGCUCACGGGCGACUUCAUCCACCGCGUGGAGGAACGCUUCACGGCGACGUCAAACCAGCUGUCUCGUCUGCAGAGUUACUCCGAUCUUGACGAGCCGUACUCUGCCAUCGAGGACAUUCUCUCUCACUACCCCGAGGCAGAGAACCAGAUCAUCAACGCCCAGGAUGUGCAGCACUUCCUGCUUCUGUGCCAGCGACGCGGCCAGAAGCCGGUCACGUUUGUACCGGCGCUCGAUGAGAACUUUGAGUUCUUUUUCAAAAAGGAUUCGCUCUGGCAGUCCGAAGACCUGGAGGCCGUCAUUGGCCAGGACGUUGGACGGACCUGCAUUCUGCAGGGCCCUGCGGCCGUCAGGUACUCCAAGGUUGUGGAUGAGCCGAUUCAGGAUAUUCUUGAUGGCAUCCAUGAAGGCCACAUUGCUGGGCUGACCAAAGAUGUGUACAACGGCGACGUCUCUGCAAUCCCGACCAUUGAAUACUUUGGCGGCAAGUGGACGGAGUCGGAUGUGCCUGUGGAUUUGGAGAGUGUUUCCGAAUCGUACGACGAGCACAAGAACAUCUACCGGAUUGCCUACGCAGCCAAUGUGUCACUCCCGCCUGUGGACGAGUGGUUGUCUCUCAUCGCUGGUAAGAGCCACUCUUGGCGACACGCGCUCCUGCUCUCGGACGUGCUGGUCCAGGGCAAGAAGUACCAGACGAACCCGAUAAAGCGUGUGUUCGCACCGGUUCGCGGCCUGUUUGUGGAGAUUCGGUACCCCAACGAACCGGACAAGACCGAGAUCAUUGUGAAGGAGCAGCCGAGACAGAACCACUAUGUCGAUGUGGUCCACGUGAAGCUGUCAGCCGAGAACGAGAUUGUGGUGAACGUGAUCAAGCAGACGUCUGCUCUUGGCAAGCCGGUCAACCUGCCGCUCAAGUUCAGGUACCGGCCCGAGGCUGGGUAUGCCCCGAUCCACGAGGUCAUGGAGGAUCGCAACGAGCGGAUCAAGAAGUUCUACUGGCGCGUGUGGUUCGGUGACGAGCCGAUCGAUCUGAACGCAGACGUGCGAGGCAAGUUUGACGGCGGCAAGGCGAUGAUUGCAGGAGAGGACAUCAACGACUUUGUGCACGCCGUGGGCAACACGGGCGAGGCGUUCGUGGACCGUGAGGGCAAGGAGAUGUUCGCGCCGAUGGACUUUGCCAUUGUCGUUGGAUGGAAGGCCAUCACGAAGCCCAUCUUCCCGCAGACGAUUGACGGCGACCUGCUCAAGCUUGUGCAUCUGUCGAACGAAUUCAGAAUGCUGCCUGGCGCCGAUCCGCUGAAGAAGGGUGACGAGGUGUCGACGACGGCACGGGUCAAUGCGGUCAUCAACCAGGAGUCGGGCAAGAUGGUGGAGGUUUGCGGGACAAUCGAGCGCGAGGGCAAGGCGGUGAUGGAGGUAACGUCGCAGUUCCUGUACCGGGGUGAGUACACGGACUUUGAGAACACGUUCCAGCGCAAGAUUGAGAAGCCGGUGCAGAUCCACCUCGCGACGAGCAAGGAGGUGGCGGUGCUGCGGUCGAAACAGUGGUUCGUGCUGAACGACCAGCAUGACAUCCCGCUGCUGGGACAGACGCUCACGUUCCGGCUGGAGUCGCUGAUGAAGUUCAAGAACAAGACGGUCUUCAGCAGCGUGGAGACGCGGGGCCAGGUGCUGCUGGAGCUGCCGACAAAGGAGGUGGUGCAGGUGGCCAGCGUGGAAUACGAGGCUGGCGUCUCAAACGGCAACCCGGUGAUCGACUACCUCGAGCGCAACGGGUCGGCGAUCGAGCAGCCGAUCAACUUUGAGAACCCGAUCCCGCUGAGCGGCAAGUCACCUCUGGUGCUGCGGGCGCCGGCGUCGAACGAGACGUAUGCGCGGGUGUCGGGCGACUACAACCCGAUCCACGUGUCGCGGGUGUUUGCCAACUAUGCCAACCUUCCGGGCACGAUCACACACGGGAUGUACUCGAGCGCGGCGGUGCGCAGCCUGGUCGAGACGUGGGCGGCGGAGAACGACAUUGGCCGUGUCCGCAGCUUCCACGCGUCGCUGGUGGGCAUGGUGCUGCCCAACGACGACAUCAAUGUGAAGCUGCAGCACGUCGGCAUGAUCAGCGGCCGCAAGAUCGUCAAGGUGGAGGCGGUCAACAAGGAGACGGAGGAGAAGGUGCUUCUGGGCGAGGCCGAGAUCGAGCAGCCGGUGACGGCGUACGUCUUUACCGGUCAGGGCUCACAGGAGCAGGGCAUGGGCAUGGAUCUCUAUGACAGCAGCCCUGUGGCCAAGGAUGUCUGGGACCGUGCGGACAAGUAUUUGAUGGAGACAUAUGGCUUCGCAAUCACAAACAUUGUCAAGAACAACCCGAAGGAGCUCACGAUCCACUUUGGUGGGCCGCGCGGCAAGCAGAUCCGGCAGAACUACAUGACCAUGACGUUUGAGACGGUCAUGGCGGACGGGUCGAUCAAGUCGGAGCGGAUCUUCAAGGACAUCAACGAGACGACGCUGUCGUACACGUACCGGUCGCCGACGGGCCUGCUCUCGGCCACGCAGUUCACGCAGCCGGCACUGACACUGAUGGAGAAGGCCAGCUUCGAGGACAUGAAGGCUAAGGGCCUGGUUCCACGCGACAGCACGUUUGCCGGUCACUCGUUGGGCGAGUACUCGGCGCUGGCGGCGCUGGCGGACGUGAUGCCGAUCGAGUCGCUGGUGUCAGUGGUGUUCUACCGCGGCCUGACGAUGCAGGUGGCCGUGGAGCGUGAUGCCAGCGGACGGUCGAACUACUCCAUGUGCGCGGUCAACCCGAGCCGGAUCUCGAAGACGUUCAACGAGGAGGCGCUGCGGUUUGUGGUCAACAGCAUCGCGGAAGAGACCAAGUGGCUGCUCGAGAUUGUCAACUUCAACAUUGCCAACAUGCAGUACGUGUGUGCCGGAGAUCUGCGGGCUCUGGACACGCUGGCGGGCGUGACGAACUUCCUCAAGGUGCAGAAGAUCGACAUCGACCAGAUGAAGGCGCAGCUCAAGCUGGAGGAGGUGCGCGAGCAUCUCAACGAGAUCAUCCGGGGUUGUGCGCAGGAGACGGAGAAGAAGCCGAAGCCGCUGGAGCUGGAGCGCGGCUUUGCGACAAUUCCUCUGCGCGGCAUCGACGUGCCCUUCCACUCGACCUUCUUGCGCAGCGGCGUGAAGCCGUUCCGGUCGUUCCUGUUGAAGAAGAUCAACAAGACUACGAUUGACCCGGCCAAGCUGAUCGGAAAGUACAUUCCGAACGUGACGGCGCGGCCGUUUGAGCUGACAAAGGAGUACUUUGAGGACGUGUACCGGCUGACAAACUCGCCGCGGAUUGGACACGUGCUGGCGAACUGGGAUAAGUACCAGGACGACGGGGUGGCCAACGGGGUGAGCGGGACGCAGUCAGAGGAGUUGUCGGAGGCAUAG